AUAUCUCUCUCCUGGUCUGUGUGACGCUCUCCCCCAUUCUAGGGUUCGCUCGACUCUUUCCUCUUUGUCCCCACAUCUUUAGUCUUUGUAUCGAUCGUUUCUCUUCGAUAGAAUGGUAAUUCAAGCCAAGAACCGCUGAUUCCUCGAGCCAGUCGUCGCCCGUCGCCCGUCGCCCGUCGCUGCCGCUGUCGUCCCCGCCGCCCAGCCCUCCGGUUCUGAUGACUCAUGACGAUGAUGAAGAGGACUAUGAGGAGGUUGGUGGGAAGAAUCGACUAUUGGGAUUUAUGUUUGGAAAUGUUGACAACUCUGGCGAUCUAGAUGUCGAUUAUCUUGAUGAGGAUGCAAAGGAGCAUCUUUCUGCAUUGGCUGACAAGCUUGGUCCAUCUCUUACUGACAUUGAUUUAAUUAAAUCAUCACCAGCACCUUCUGAUGCUUCUUCUGAACAAGAUUAUGAUGAGAAGGCUGAAGAUGCUAUCAAUUACGAAGACAUUGAUGAACAAUAUGAUGGGCCAGAGGUUGAAGCCACCACAGAAGAAGACCACUUGCUUCCAAAAAAAGAAUAUUUCUCCUCCAGUUCAUUAUUGGUUUCUUUGGACCAUAAGGCCUCUGUAUUUGAUGAAGAAAAUUAUGAUGAGGAUGAAGAAACUGUGAAAGAACAUGAGGAAGUGGAAGAUAAGACUGAAACUCAAAUAAUUGCUUCAUCAGCCGAACAGUCGGAUUUGAUUUUAGUGAAAGAGGUUCCUUCAGAUGACAACUUGGCCUCUGCUGUGUCUUCGGAUGAAGAUGUUGAUAUCUUUGAAUUGGGUGAUCUAGAGGAACCUGUCGUUGAACAAGAAAAGAUUGAAUCUCAUGGUGAUACAUCGCUUCCUGUGCUAUGCAUUGAGGAUGGUAUGGUGAUAUUGAGGUUCUCUGAAAUUUUUGGUAGACACGAACCUGCAAGAAAACCAGAAAGAAAGGUUCAUCAGAAACGCCCAAUAGAGCGUGUAAGAACCUUGGAUGUUGCUGAUAUUGUUGAAGAAGAUGAGGAGGCUUUCUUGAGGAGCUCUUCUCAAAAUCUAAGCAAUGCCAAGAAUUCUGGUUCUACUCAUGUCGAUUUUGAUGAUUUUGUCGAAGAACCAGUGUCUGGUGUUGAUGAGAAACACAAGGACCUGUUUCUUUCUGCUCAGCCAAUGAAGGAUGAUAUUGAUUUGAAUAUGUUUCUGAGGAAAUCUUCGGUGUGUCCAGACCUUUAUCCUUUUGAUCAGCUUGACUGGGAAAAUGACAUUGUUUGGGGUAAUUCACCUGAAGCUAGUCAUGGUUGUUCAGAGAGUUGUGUAGCAACUGAACAUGAUGUUGAAGCCAACAAUGAUGCUAAAUCAGAAGAAUUUUUGCAGCGAGAUGCUGAGGUUGCUGAGCAGGAUGUUAAUAUGCCAAAGGAUUUCAUUUUGGUGGAGUCAUUUGGUUCCAGAAAUUUCUCAAUUUCAAGAUACAAUCAAUCAUAUGAAGCGAACUACCCAUCACGAUCAGAUGUGUCAGAAUUAGUUUCUAGAAGGGAUAUCUUGUGUUCUCCUGAAGCCAUGACCCAGAAUAGGUUUGAGGAAGUAUGCAAAAGUGGUGCUUUGGGACGUCUGAACAAACUCUCCUUGCUGAAUAAGGAAUUACUAGAGGGGUCUUGGUUAGAUAAUGUCAUCUGGGAUUCUGAUGAGGACAUUCCCAAGCCAAAGCUUAUUCUUGACCUUCAAGAUGAUCAAAUGCUCUUUGAGAUUUUAGACAACAAUGCAAGAGACCACCUUCGCUCUCAUGCAGGUGCUAUGAUGAUAAACCGUUCUUCCCAGUCUUUCUUGGAGGACUCAUUUGAUCUUCAUAGUCAGGGAAUGGCAUCUGCUGGUCAAUUUAAUAUCUCUAAUGAUAAAUAUUAUUCAAAUAGGAAAACAUCCCAGCAAACAAAGUCACAUGCUAAAAAGCGUACUCUAUUGAGCUUAAAAGUCAUGCAUUCAGUGCCUGCUUUGAAAUUGCAGACUAUGAAGCCCAAGUUGAGCUAUAAGGAAAUUGCUAAUUUUCAUAGGCCAAAAUCCUUAUGGUAUCCUCAUAAUAAUGCAAUUGCUGCUAAAGCGCAAGGUCCACCUUGCUUCCAUGGAUCAAUGAAAGUGGUUUUGAUUAGCCUAGGGGGAAAAUCAAUAAAGCUUCAUGUUAAUGCAGAGGAGACUUUAUCAGCUGUCAAAUUGCGAGCGUCUAAGAAGUUGGAUCUUAAACCAUCAGAAAAAUUUAAGGUAUUUUAUUCUGGAAGAGAGCUAGAGGAUCAUAUGACUGUUGCUGCGCAAGAUGUACGGCCAAAUUCUGUGCUCCAUCUUGUGCGCACUAGGAUAUACUUGUGGCCAAAGGCACAAAAAUUGCCUGGAGAAAACAGACCUCUGCGACCUCCUGGGGCAUUUAAAAAAAAAUCUGAACUCUCUGUAAAAGAUGGACAUGUCUUUCUUUUGGAAUAUUGUGAAGAGAGACCAUUGCUUCUAGGAAAUGUUGGGAUGGGUGCUAGACUCUGCACUUAUUAUCAGAAAACUGCACCUGGCGAUCAAACAGCUUCAUCCUUGCGGAAUGGCAACAAUAGACUGGGGACUGUGCUCACUCUUGAUCCUGCUGAUAAGUCUCCAUUUCUUGGAGAUAUUGGCUCUGGAUGCAGCCAAACAUGCCUUGAAACAAACAUGUAUCGGGCACCUGUAUUUCCUCACAAGUUGUCUUCGACAGAUUUUCUGUUGGUUCGCUCAGCAAAGGGGAUGCUUUCUCUUCGACGGAUUGAUAAAUUAUAUGUUGUUGGACAGCAAGAGCCUCACAUGGAAGUGCUUUCUCCAGGAGCGAAAACUGUUCAGAAUUAUCUUGUCAAUAGGAUGUUAGUAUAUGUAUACAGGGAAUUUCGUGCAAAGGAGAAACCAGGAAUCCUUCCUCAUAUUCGAGCUGAUGAAUUGUUUGCUCAGUUCCCUGGCUUGACCGAUGCUUUUGUGCGGAAACGAUUGAAACAUUGCGCUGAUAUAAAGAAGGGAUCGAAUGGACAGCUACUGUGGGUUAGGAAGGUUGAUUUUCGCAUUCCAUCAGAGGAAGAACUGAGGAGGAUUCUGUCACCUGAGAAUGUCUGCUCUUAUGAAAGUAUGCAAUCUGGUCUUUACCGGCUAAAACAGUUGGGGAUUAGUCGGCUUACUCAUCCUGUCGGCCUUUCUGCAGCAAUGAAUCAACUUCCUGAUGAAGCUAUUGCUCUAGCAGGGGCAUCACACAUUGAGAGGGAAUUGCAGAUUACUUCAUGGAAUCUUACAAGCAAUUUUGUUGCAUGCACAAAUCAGGAUCGUGAAAAUAUUGAACGCUUGGAAAUUACUGGUGUUGGUGAUCCUACUGGACGUGGACUAGGAUUUAGCUAUGUCCGUGUAACUUCAAAGCCCCCUAUUUCAUCUGCAAUAUCAAAGAAAAAGGCAGCUGCUGCUCGAGGAAGUUCAACAGUCACUGGGACUGAUGCUGAUCUUCGUAGAUUAAGCAUGGAUGCUGCACGUGAGGUCCUCUUAAAAUUCAAUGUUCCCGAAGAGCAAAUUGAUAAGUUAACUAGGUGGCAUCGUAUUGCUAUGGUACGCAAACUUUCAAGUGAGCAGGCUGCAGCAGGAGUCAAAGUUGAUGCCACAACACUAAAUAAGUUUGCACGUGGGCAGAGGAUGUCAUUUCUACAGCUACAACAGCAGACUAGAGAAAAAUGUCAGGAAAUUUGGGACCGACAAGUUCAGAGUCUUUCUGCUGCUGAUGGUGAUGAAAAUGACAGUGAUUCUGAAGCAAUCAGUGAUCUGGAUUCAUUUGCUGGAGACCUUGAGAAUUUGCUGGAUGCUGAGGAAUUUGAUGAAGAAGAUGAUGGUAAUACCGACAUGAGAGGUGAAAAGGCAGAUGGUGUUAAGGGUCUUAAAAUGCGAAGGUGUCCAUCUCAAACUCAAACUGAAGAAGAAAUUGAAGAUGACAAAGCUGAAGCAGCUAUGAUACAUAGAUUGCUUGAGGAUGAUGGAGCUGAAAUAAAGAAGAAAAAAAAGAAACCAGCUGGAAUGGAAGCCAUUGGUUCUCAUUUAGGUCCAGAGAAUACUGAUUUUACCAAAAAAACUAGCACUGGAGUUGGACAGACCAUUAUUGCAUCUCAUGCUGAUGGCUCAUAUAUUUCCAAAGACAUCAUGUUGCGAGAGACCAAGGAGGUUGAAAAACUUCAUCCUGAGAUGAACUUGCCUGGCAAAAUAAAACCCAAGAAAGCAAAUGGAGUGAGUGAGGACAUUUCAACUGGACUACUAAAAAGAAAAAGUGUUGCUCCAAAAGAAGGAAUUAAGGUUUUCAAGGAAAAGAAACAGAGUGAUAAACCAGUAAGGGAGAGUUUUGUCUGUGGAGCCUGUGGUCAGCUUGGACACAUGAGAACCAAUAAGAACUGCCCCAAGUAUAGAGAAGAACCAGAAACUUCGGAACUGGAAAGUGCUACCGCGAAACCUAGUCAUCCUGAUGUUGCAGGUCAGUUUCAAGUGAAAACUCCCAGCAAGAAGUCAAUAUCUAAUGCAUUGGCCAAGGUCAGUGAGGUUGAAGCAUCAGAAAAUGUUGAAAAGGCAGGAUUAAAGAUGCAGGGGAAAAUUAUUCCAGUGAAGUUCAAGUGUGGUCCAGCCGACAAGCCUUCUGAGAAAACUUUGUCAGGGGCUCAUUCUUUUAAUAAACAUAUUACUGAUGCAGAUAUUGAGUCUAAAUCAACAGGGAAGAUCAAUAAGAUAAUAAUAUCUAAUAAAAAGAAGACCGAGGAUGUUCAGCAGGAAAAGCCAAAGCAUGCUGUUGUAAUACGGCCUCCUGUUGACACAGAGAAAGAUCAACCUAAAAAGAAAAUUAUUAUUAAACAGCCAAAAGUUAAUACUAACAUAGAGCCACCCAGACAGCCAUCCAGACAAUUCUAUGAUGCUGAAAUGGACUAUGACUUCAGAAAAACAAAGAAAAUUGCCGAAUUGUCAAGUUAUGAGGAGCAAAAAAAGCCAGAGAACAAGUUGUUUGCUGGAGAGGCAAUUAAAAGGUAUCAAGGUCAUGGCAGGAGGUCAGUGGAGGAGGAGGAGAAAAGGAGAAGCAGAGAGAAAGCUAGGAGGAUGCUAGAGGAUGAAAGAAGGAUGCAAGAAGAGACUCAGCGACUUUCCGAGUCCAGAAGAUAUGAAGAGGCAAUCAGAAAGGAGGAAUUAAGAAAGGCAAAGAAGAAGAAAAAAACGGUGAAACCAGAUUUCAGAGAUGAGUACUUAUCAGAGCACAGGCCUUACAGAAAUGAUAGAAGGAUACCUGAAAGGGAUCGAGCUGCAAAGAGGCGGGCUAUGGUUGAACCAGGACAAUUGGAUUAUGCACCAGUAGCAAAACGCCGUAGAGGAGGAGAGGUUGAAUUUUCCAACAUUUUGGGGAGUAUCGUAGAGAGCUUGAGGGAUAAUUAUGAGGUUUCUUACCUAUUCCUUAAACCUGUGACUAAGAAAGAAGCCCCCGAUUAUCUUGACAUCAUAGAGCAGCCAAUGGACCUUUCCACCAUCAGAGACAAGGUCAGAAACAUGGAGUACAGGACCAGGGAGGACUUCAGGCAUGAUAUUUGGCAGAUAACUUUUAAUGCACAUAAAUACAAUGACGGCCGUAAUCCUGGAAUUCCUCCGCUUGCUGAUCAGCUUUUGGAACUCUGUGAUUACUACUUGCAACAGAGGCAUGAAGAAUUGAGUGAUGCUGAGGCUGGGAUUGACACCAGGACCUAGACCUGGAAAAUGUCGGAAGACGAGUACAAUCCUGGAUUCCACGAUUUCCAUAACCGGAGGUCCCAAUGUAUGUAAAUUAGCUAGAUCAUAUGUAUAACAGUUCUUAAUGAGAUUAUGGAGCAGUUGCUUCUUUUAGCCACUGUAUGUAUGAUUUUGAUAUGGUUACUUGGUGUAACUAAGCAUGCCAUUGUGACAUUAGAAAUGAUAAAUGGUGAGAAGUUUUUUUCGCCUAA